AUGGAGACACCAGAGUCGCUUCCGCCUCCAAACUCCAAAGUGAUUGUUCAAUGUGUUGAUCCGCAUAACCUUUUUGACCGUUUCGAGCCACGGCUCUCGGCCAGAAGCCCUCUACGGAACUUGCACUGGAAAGCCCCCAACCGGCCACUACGAUCGAUCUCGAAUUUGAAUAUAUCGUUGACGCGCGAAGACCAAUCCGCUGGUGCGCAAGCCAACGUUCGGAGGCACCAGAUACCAGGUCUCCGAGAGACUCCAUACGUCAAACUAUACUUGUUAAGGUGCGAUGACAAGGAAAUCUAUAAAGAGAAGGUCAGAAAAGAGGUCCGCCAGUGGGUCAAGACACAAACACCUCCAGGUGAUGGGAAAUCAUCGAGCAAGAGCCAGGAGGAUCAUGAUGCCUUCGAAUGGCUGAUCGUCCAUGUCGUUCUUCCAAACACUCCUGCAGCCAGCCAGCCAAAAUCAUCGAAGCAUAUCUCACUAGAGGCCUCGGAGAGCACCGACAGCGUCAAUAGCAAAACAAAGUGGUCCGGCAAAAGCCCAUCCACUAUUUUCGACAAACUGAGAGCCGAUUUUAGCAGUUCCAAGUCGUCCAUCUCCCGCGUUGCCCAGGUCCGACUUCUUGAGCCUGGAGAUAAAUCAACGGCCUUGACAUCUGCGGAAUUGGAGGAGCAGUGGCAUGACUUGGUGGAUUCUCUGAAAACAUGUAUCCUGCGCUCGUUUGAUGCUCGUGUCGCCCAAUACGAACUGGACAUUCGUGAAAGAGAUAGCCAGAGAAGUCUGCCGGGUUGGAACUUCUGCACAUUCCUCGUUCUCAAAGAAGGUCUUGCCAAAGGCUUUGAAAACUUGGGCUUGCUUGAAGAUGCCCUUGCCGUGUAUGAUGAGCUUUCUCUGGGUCUUGACACACUAGUCAAGGAACAGGCCCAGAAAAGUGAUCAUGACGAAAGCGGAGCAUUACUAACUUUUUCUAAAGAAUCCAAGGAUCUCUUAAGAGCAGCUCUGGACCCGGAGACGAAGAGCAUAUCGUGUAUGGAUGCCGACUCGCCUCUUGACCUGAAGCACAUUCUCGCAGCAGAUGAAGAUGACUUUCCAUUUGAGGUUGAAAGGAAGAAUUACCGCAAUCUUAUUCUUUCUAAUGAUGUUUCGGCCUUGGAUCUUCGCAUCUAUCUCUUCACGCGGGAAAUGGAGAUCCUGACAAGACAGUCACGGUCGGUGCUUAGCAAGUCCUCCCAACCGGGCAAGACGGACGCCGAUCUCGACGUUGUUGCAGAUUUGACGGAACGAGCCAUGAAGUUCAUUAGUCUCGCCGGCCGCACUCUCCGAGUCGAGCUUUACAAUGCCUGGGGUGGGCACGAAGGGCUGAGUGAAGAUGAGCUGCACACCCAAAGAAUAGUCACAAGUAACAUUGUCUCCACCUGGCAGUGGCGAGCUGUCAUACAGAUUCUUGCUCAAGCUUUGCCAGCUUUGGGCGGCGACAUCGACUACGGUAAAGGAGAGUUGUCACUGGACACUACUGAGCUCUCUGCCGAUUCGGAUGCAGCCGUUGCAGACCAAUUUCAGCGGUCAUCCGAGAGCUACCAACCCAUAUCCCUUACUUCUGGUAUGCGGUCCGCUUCCCGUGAACGUUCCCAGGAUCGAAGCAAGAGAUAUACUCCACUGCCCAAUGGCACAGUUCUACGACAAGGACAGCCGACUCGAACCGGAUUUGGCCGUCUCGCCUUGUGGAUAUCAAAGCUCGUACUCAUGGCGAGACAUUUCGUCGAGACCUUGGAGGCCGUGAAACCAUGGGUUGCUACUAUGAAACAGUCUGCUCUGAAAUCUGAUGGCGACCAAAUGCAACCGAUUGCCACCAAUGGCGAGACCAACGAUGAUCCAGUAGAGGAAGACCUGUCCCCGCCCUCUACCAACACCGAGCUUCUCUUGGGCCUAGGGUCCGCCACAUUGAAAACGGCAGCGGCGUCGAAGUCGGGUUUUAUGAUGCUUUACGCCAUGUUGUCUGUCCUUGCCUUUCGGAUUGUAUCGCCCACCAAAAAUCGAGCAACAUCCGAGCAAAUAUUGACAGACCUGGUCGAAGUGGAAUAUUCGCAAGAUAACUGGUCAAUUGCCGCCCGUUAUCUCCAGAAUAUCCUCGGUCCACUCCCACGUGGCUCGUAUCGUCCUUCAGAAGAGUACCUCCUCCGCAUUUAUGCCGAGUGUCUGAAGCGUCUUGAGCGGCCUAUUGAAUACGCUCGAUGUCUUAUUUCUUGUCUGCAUCCCCCUAGAAAUGCCGACUGUGCGACUUCCUCCAAAUCUCGCUCUCAAGCGAAUCAAUAUUAUAUGAACGAAUUUUUCCGGGUAUUGCCAAACAUCCCAGCAACAACACUACGUGCGGCAUUGCUGUUUCGCAUCGCUGUGGUUUCGCGACACAUUUCUCCACAUGAUACCAAGGAUGGGUUCAGUAUCUCAAUCCAAAUACGCAGUCUUUCUGGUGCCUCGACCCCUCCAAUUGAUAAUGUCAAGUUACGACUUAUCGCCAAAGACGGUGUCGAGCCGCGGUCCAUAUUGCUCUUCCUUCAAGACAAGGUGGUCAUAGACUCCAAGGGCAAGACCGUUGCCCUAGAAACCCCUGUUACGACGCAUGGUUGGUAUGUACCGGAUGAAGUCGAGGUUUGCAUUGGCAACUUGAGACUUUUGCAUCAUUUCAAGUCGCGAAUAGAUGAUGAGGAUCCAGGAUCUGACGAUUCCCUAAGCCCUCGCGCAGACGUGGUACCACUCCUUUUAUACCCAAGCUAUCGAUCGUUCGGAAUCAAGAUUUACCCUUUCCCAAUCAUUCAUUUGGCCCAGAUCCGUAGAUUGCUCCUACAAGUCAGACCUGGGCAGAACAACAUCAAGCAGGUCAAGCUUCGAUUGAGGACGGCAACAGCUGGGCUGAGGCUUAACAUCCACGACUCUAAAUUGGUCGGCGAUCAACAUGAAUCAAAUCAAAUGCGGACGGCCCGAGAAGGCGACGCUUUAGUGAUGUUGCUGGAUAAUUUAGCCUCGGAGACGGUCACGGAUGUCGAGAUUCCCUACACCAUGGAAACGUCCUCCGAGCCGACGAUAAUGUUGCGCAUUGAGGCUAGUUACGAGACCGACCAGGGAAUAUUCACCUUUUACGACACAGCUUUUGUUAAGGUGAUCUUACCUGUGACUGUCAAUGUGCAGGACGUUUUUCGGAAGGACUACAUGUACUCCAGAUUCACCAUUAUCCCUUCGACUAUGGUACCGCUUCGUCUCAUCGGCUGCAGUCUAGAGAAGAACGACUCCCAUGACAUGAUUGCGGGCGGGAGCAUCAGCGAGCCAUUCGUGGUGUUCCCGAAACAACCUGCCAACUGGACUGUCCGGCUUGUGCCCAGGAAUGAAAAUGUUGCAGAGGCCAGUAGGAGACUAACGCUCGUUGUUGACUUCCAAUCUCUUGACGGAAUAAUGUUGGCCAUUCUUGAGAAACAGUUCACCAAAGAGCUUACCAAGUCGAGACACUCUUUUGCCGCCCGACUGCUCACAUCGCAUUUACUGGAGCGUGUUCGUACCACGUGGACCGAGCAAGAUGUGGAAGUUGCAGGAUUAACACAAGAAUUUGAAGUGUGGAAGAUGGAGGAUAUGGAUUGGCCGUCGGUUUUGUGCGCAUUUGACCGAAAAAGAAGAGCCGAGAUUGAAGAAUGGCUUCGAGACUGGCAUUCUCGAACGCCCCCGAUCAAGUUUUCGUCUUCCAAGGUUCCCCAACGCCAGCUCAGAUUGUUUGUUGACAUCCCGCCGCGUUCGAUACUAUUUUCGGCAUUUCUAGACGCCAAAUGGUCAAGGCCGCCACACCCGACUGCAACAAUCGGCCAGCCAUUGCUGGCCGAAAUCGUCAUGAAACUCGAAGAUCGUGUAGAGGGGGAAUUGGAAGCGUCAUUCGAGAUCGCCGCUCUUUCGGAUUCGUGGCUCGUGGGGGGCAGACGCAAAGGUAAUGUGCAGCUGGGUUCAGAGACCAUCCGCAUGCACGUGGUCCUCUUCCCUCAACAUCUCGGACACUUGCUCCUUCCGUCGGUCAGUGUUAAAUGUCGCAAACGGAUCCGAAGUAGCGGCAAAGAUGAAUGGGCAGAACUCCUGACAGAUGUUCAAAAUCCUGCUCAUGGUCGGAGUAUUCUAAUUACCCCAGAUUUGCGGAGCACCACGGUGGAGGUGUUUGGAGCCAUAGCGGACGAAGGUGCUGGCAGGCUGGUCGCGAGCGGAAGUCGUGGAGGAGUGGAUUGA